AAAUUGCACAAACGCGCUAACAAGAACUGAAAGGAACCGUAGGAGACUUUGGCCUGUUGCCUAUACGCAGUUUUAACUGAGUCAUCCUUGUUUUUUUUUUCGUUUUGAAGUAUAGUAUCUAUCGAUCAGGAGCAAAUCAGCAGUAUACAAAUCUGAAGAGUGCCGGGCCUUCGCUCACACGGGACCGUUCAGAUUGAGUUACUUUACAAGCCUGUGCACUCGGCCCAUUAUUUUAAAUAUAAAGGUUAAAUUCCCAGGAGGCUGGAGACUGGGGUAAUUAAUACUGCAUUCGAGGCGCGGCCUUUUAUCUAAACAGGGAUCUCCGUAAUCUUAGGGCGCCAGUCGGUAGUAUCACUCGCAUCGCCUGGUUCCUCUCCUCCGCUGGAGGUGCUGUGCUUAGCAAUCAAAGCCGGCAAGACUGCAGCGCAGUAUCGCCAUAGUGGUUUUGGGCUCUUUAAAGGAGACCUUAACAGCGGCCGAUCGCGGCUGUCCUCCUGUGAAUCCUUAUCGGCAGUCCCCGGCGGGCCCGGCCGGCGGUAACAUCAGCUGCUUCCAAGGAAUCCGGCAUCGUAAUUUCUACCCUCCGGGGUCCGGGUUUAAGGACACGGUCCGGCCUGACAGAAGCGCGUCCCGGGACUGUCUGUGUGUGGCUGAUUUGUGCCAACGUCCUCUUUCCCUUAAAGCAGUGAGGCCACAGCAUGUACCCCUUUGGAGGGAUCUCAACUCGCAUACAGGCGGACAGACUGAAGGCGGAUGGGAUGGGCUCCAUCGAGCAGGCGGUGCAGUUCCUGAACCAGGAUUACGAGGCCCUCAAGCAGGAGUGCCUGGAGAGCGGCUGCCUCUUCGAGGACCCCUGCUUCCCAGCCGAGCCGUCCUCACUCGGCUUCAAGGAGCUGGGACCCUACUCCUCCAAGACCAGGGACGUGGAGUGGCUUCGUCCCACGGAGUUGGCGAGUGACCCCCAGUUUAUUGUGGGCGGAGCUACAAGGACUGACAUUUGCCAGGGGGCCCUGGGGGACUGCUGGCUUCUGGCGGCCAUUGCCUCGCUCACCCUGAAUGAAAAUGUGCUGAAUCGCGUCGUCCCUCACGGCCAGACCUUCGAAGACUAUGCUGGAAUCUUCCAUUUCCAGUUCUGGCAGUUCGGUGAGUGGGUGGACGUGGUGAUCGAUGACCGGCUGCCGGUGAAGGCCGGGGAGCUGAUGUUUGUCCACUCAGCCGAGGGCAAUGAGUUCUGGAGCGCCCUGCUGGAGAAGGCCUACGCCAAGCUCAAUGGCUCCUAUGAAGCGCUGUCAGGGGGCAGCACCACCGAGGGGUUCGAGGAUUUCACAGGGGGUGUGGCAGAGAUGUACGAGCUGCGGAAUGCCCCCAGGGACCUCUAUAAGAUCAUCAGCAAGGCCCUGGACAGGGGCUCGCUGCUGGGCUGCUCCAUCGACAUCACCAGUGCCUUCGAUAUGGAAGCUGUGACCUUCAAGAAGCUGGUGAAGGGCCAUGCGUACUCCGUGACCGCGGUGAAGCAGGUAAAUUACCAGGGUGAAAUGGAGAGGCUGAUUCGCAUCAGGAACCCCUGGGGGCAGGUGGAGUGGACCGGGGCAUGGAGUGACAACUCCUCUGAGUGGGAUGAGAUCGACCCGUCCGAGAGGGAGGACCUGCAUCUGAAGAUGGAAGAUGGGGAGUUUUGGAUGUCCUUCCAGGAGUUUCUGCGGCAGUUUUCCCGUCUAGAGAUCUGCAACCUGACACCGGAUGCCCUGAACGAGGACACCCCCAGCUUCUGGAACACCAUCAAGUUCCACGGUUCCUGGAGGCGGGGCAGCACGGCCGGCGGCUGCCGGAACCAUCCCAAUACCUUCUGGAUCAACCCGCAGUACAAGAUCACCCUGCUGGAGGAGGACGAUGACCCGGACGACGACGAGGUGGCCUGCAGCUUCCUGGUGGCCCUCAUGCAGAAGGACCGACGGCGGUUCCGCCGGCAUGGGCAGGACAUGCACACGAUCGGCUUCGCUGUCUACGAGAUUCCAGAUGAGUUCAAGGGCUGCCAGAACAUCCACUUGAAGAAGGACUUCUUCCUGACGCACUCGUCGUGCGCGCGCUCUCAGACCUUCAUAAACCUACGUGAAGUGAGCACACGCCUUCACCUGCCCCCGGGGGAGUACCUCGUCGUGCCCUCCACCUUUGAGCCGAGCAAAGAGGCCGACUUCGUCCUCAGGGUCUUUACCGAGAAGAUGUCCGAGACAGAGGAGCUGGAUGAUGAGAUCUCAGCCGACCUUGAGGACGCCGAGGAAAUCACAGAGGACGACAUUGAUGAUUCCUUCAAGUCUAUGUUUGCGCAGUUGGCCGGAGAGGACAUGGAAAUCUCUGUCCGUGAGCUCAGAACCAUCCUUAACAGGGUCGUGUCCAAACAUAAGGACUUAAAGACAGAUGGUUUCAGUAUGGAGUCCUGCCGAACCAUGGUUAACCUCAUGGACAAAGAUGGCAGCGCCCGUCUUGGGCUGGUGGAGUUUCAGAUUCUGUGGAAUAAGAUCAGAAAAUGGCUGGUUCUCUUCAGGCAGUACGACCUUGAUAAGUCAGGCACCAUGAGCUCCUACGAGAUGCGUCUGGCCGUGGAGUCGGCAGGCUUCAAGCUCAACAACAAGUUGAAUGAGAUCCUGGUGGCCAGAUAUGCCGAAAACGAGGCCAUCGACUUUGAUAACUUCAUCUGCUGCCUUGUCAAGCUAGAAGCUAUGUUCAGGACUUUUCAAGAACUUAACAAAGAUGAGACCGGAGUGGUUGAAAUGAACAUCACAGAGUGGUUAUAUUUGACCAUGUGUGGCUGAGGAAGAAAUCAUUCCAGCAAGGGGUCCAAUGGAUUUCACCUUAGAUCUACUGAAGUCCCACCUUCUCUAUCCUGACUGAACUAACAGCUUUGACCUUUAGUGUCUCUAGCCCCUGCAAUACUGUGCUAGUUAUUGAAAAGGACAGCUCACAAAUUCGUGCCAUUUUAAACCAUUUUAUUUGAUUAGGGACUUAACAUACACUGUGACCUUCUGGAUGUUGUUUUUUUGAGACUUGCUGCAUAAAAGAAUUUAACCAUGUAGUUCACAGUUGUUGUUUUUUUUAAUUGUUAACCCAUUCCAGACUAAAUCACCCAUUAUUGCUGUGUUAAAAAAAUAUAUCUACUACCUAAUCAGUGGGCAGUGGUGGUUUGAUGGUUAGGGAAGCACACUUGUAAUCGAAAGAUUGCAGGUUUGAAUCCCCAACCUGAAAGGCAACACUGAGGUUCCCUGAGAAAAGUACCGCCCCCAUGCACUGCUCCCCGGGUGUUGAAUUAGGUGCCCCCUGCUAUGUCACAUAUGGAUUAAAUGCAGAGGACACCUUUUGUUGUUGUGUGCUGUCAACAAUGACAAUCACAUAUUUUAUGGAAACUGUACUCCUAAAAAUUAUUUGCUAUAACAGUACUUACCUGCACUGGUACGGCUAUAAGAAAUAACAGGUGAAAAUAAAACUGUCAAGCUGCAGUGAUGUUUAAAGGAAAAUAUUUAUGGGAACCCCUGCACCUAUUAUUAUUACAAACCCAAGACCUACGUGUCGGUGACCCCACAAAGUCAUAACGAAGUGGUAAUUUUUUUAAAUAAAAUAAUUGCUUGGGGAGAUUAAAAAGGGUUUAUGCAUUGAAAAUUAAGAUUUGAAUAUUGUAAAAAUGUAUUACAAUCUCUGUGAUUUGAUAACUUGCUGUUCACUCUCAGGACUGGCAUCCAUGUUUACCUUGUAGCCUUAAUAGAUAGCAAAUGUGAGGCAACGCAGCUCAAUUUCUGCAUGCACACCAGAGCACACUCUGGUAUUUCUGUACAACUGUACAUCUAUGGUGAUCUCUACCUAAUUUCAGGGGUAGAACAGGCAUUACCUCAGUAACUGCCCAUUGUUAGGAAUGCCACACUAUUACUUGACUAACAGAAAUGUGAAAAUGCACACAUAGAGCACAUAACAUACAUUUAUUACUUGCUUGAAUGGACCUUUAGUUUAUGGUGACAUUUCUUAGAUGUGCUGUAUCUGUGAAGAACUGUUUCAGAGUGUUAUUACAAUAAAAUGCCAUUAACAUCAA